AUGUUAUUUUGUCCUCUGUGCUCAAGCAUGCUAGUUGUCAAGAGGCAGCCUGUGGGAAACGAGCUCUCAUGUAGGAUGUGUGGGUAUUUAUAUGCAAUAUCCAAAGAGAUAACCAAGGCAACGCCCAUGACGCCGAAGAAGAAUGAUGGGCUUAUUGACGAAGAUGAUAACUUGAAGUUUGUAUCAAAAUGUGGCAAGAGGUGCGAGUGUGGGUCUGAGGAGGUUUCCUUUGUGGAGCUUCAGACGCGAAGUGCAGAUGAGCCAAUGACGAUAUUUUAUAAAUGCAUAAGAUGCAAGAAAGUUUGGAGAGAAUAA